AUGAACGAAGGACUUGUGAACAACUUGACUCAACUGUAUGACAACUGGACUCUUUAUAACUCCUCUGAGGAGUCCGUCAUACCCAGGAACAACAUCACAUAUGUCGGAUUUUACCUGCAUCAGCCGUCCACAGCAGCCAUCUUCAUUGUGUCCUACCUGCUCAUCUUCCUUGUGUGCAUGGUGGGGAACGGAGUGGUGUGUUUCAUCGUUCUGAGGAGCAAAAACAUGCGGACUGUCACCAACUUGUUCAUCCUAAACCUCGCUGUGAGUGACCUGUUGGUUGGGAUUUUCUGCAUGCCCACAACACUACUAGACAACAUAAUAACAGGAUGGCCUUUUGGAAGCCUUGUCUGCAAAAUGAGCGGCAUGGUUCAGGGGAUUUCUGUGUCAGCAUCCGUCUUUACUCUGGUGGCUAUUGCUGUUGACAGAUUCAGAUGCAUUGUCUACCCAUUCAAGCAAAAACUGACCAUAUCCACAGCGACCCUGAUAAUAGUUAUUAUCUGGGUUCUUGCUGUUUCCAUCAUGUGUCCCUCUGGGGUAAUGCUACAAGUAACCAAGGAGCAAACCAUCCGGGUGUUACUGGGCUAUGACAACAAAACCACCCCUUUUUACUGGUGCAGAGAGAACUGGCCAAACCAGGAGAUGAGGAAGAUUUACACCACCGUUCUGUUUGCAAACAUCUACCUUGCUCCUCUUUCCCUCAUUGUUAUCAUGUAUGCCAGGAUUGGCAUUACUCUUUUCAAAACAGCAGUUCCAACUGGAGGGAAGCCGGGCCAUGACAACCGACACUCUGUGUCCAAAAAGAAGCAGAGGGUGAUUAAAAUGCUUCUGAUAGUUGCACUGUUGUUCAUCAUUUCUUGGUUGCCUCUGUGGACCCUUAUGAUGCUGAGCGACUAUGCCAGCCUGACGGAGCAGCAGUACAGAAUCAUCAACAUUUACAUUUACCCGUUUGCCCACUGGCUAGCCUUCUUCAACAGCAGUGUCAACCCCAUCAUCUACGGUUUCUUCAAUGAAAAUUUCCGCAGAGGAUUCCAAACUGUAUUUAAAUUUAGCCUGUGUGCGGCAGAUGGACAGCGGAGGAAAACCUACUCUCACAGGCUUCAGGGGAACUCUGUGCUUCCGGCUAAUAACGCACAGACCUCCCUGGAACCCAUUUCUCUCAACAGCCUGGAUAAGAACACUUCCAGGCGACUCAAUCAUGUCACUGAACAGGACUUGGUAAUGGAGGACUUGGAGAAGGGCUCUUGCAGCAGUGGGGGUGUGACUGCAGUGUCUAUUUGAGUGACACAGAGACAUUCUUCUAGGUGAUAAGCUAAGUUGUUCACUUUCCAAGAAAACGGUUGCCUGAAAAGGAUUUUUCAACACUGUGAAAAUAAUGGUAAUGAAAAAAGUACAAUACUGGAAGGAAUUGACUGGUAAAGCAGUAAUAUAUGCUUUUUACUUUCCUGUAACACUUACAAUACACAGAGCAGGAUACCUCAGUGUUUGCUCAGAAAAACAAGUACACGUCAAAAGCUAAUAUUCAAAUGACCAAAUUUUUUUUAAACCUUUGCUUAUCACCUUUAAGACACACAAUGUAUGUUGCACAUAUUGUGCCGUUUAAAAAUGAAAGCAGAUUAUUCUGGUAGAAUUGAACAAAAAGGAUCAGUUGAUAUUACACUGAUAACAGCCUACUUUCCUGCUCACUAAUUCUGUAUGUAAAAAUGUAUAAAGAUGCAUCAGCCACAAUGU